AUGGGGUUCCCGACAUCUAUCCAAAAAAGCCUCGCGCAACCUUCGACUGCCUUCGGGUUCUGGCUGACAGUUCCAAGCGCCGCAGUUGCAAAAACGAUUCUCCAUGGCACUGAACCUUCUACCAAUUUCAGCUGGGUCCUAAUCGACGCGGAACAUGGACUGAUAUCUGAUCAUCAUUACUAUGAGUUAAACAAUGCUCUCGCCUCUGAGGGCGCAAGUCCUAUAAACAGAAUUCCUUGUGCCGAGGAAUGGAUGAUCAAGCGCGCCCUGGAUGCCGGAGCCCAUGGUAUCAUGACACCCAUGUGCCAUAUUGAGUCUCAAUGUAACCUGAAGGCGGAUGCUAUCAAUGUGGUGAAGUAUUGCAGAUAUCCCCCUCUAGGAACGCGUGGAUACGGGCCAAAGUGGGCGCCUCAUACAUUCCCGGGAGUGGCCGGUAGUGACUAUGAUGAAGGCAUUCAGAGUGGCUUGACUGUUGCUGCGUGA